GGCAUUUCGACGUCGGCCACCGCACCUCGCGUCCACCUGCCGGCUGCCGCCGUCCGCCGCGUCAUGGUCUGCGACGAUGGCUUGCACGCCCCAUCGCCCCACGUCCGACGCAAGUCGCUCAGACGUCUCGCCUCUACACGAGGCUUCAAACCAAGGUCUGUUACUGAACACGGCUGGAUACGCGUUUUCGAUGGCCUCGAGCCUUUCGCUGUCGAAGCUGCGAGCAAGCUGAUCAAGAUAUCGACCAAAGCCACGGUCGAAGACGUAAAUAAGAAGCUCGGAUUCAGUGACGAAUUGACGCUGUGGUUGCAAAUAGGAGAAAAUUUGCGACGCUUGGAACUCGAUGAACGUCCUUUGCAAAUUCAAGAUGAAAUUCUUAUAAAAAAUGGUUGGUCUUCUGAAGCCCGAAGACUACGAUUGGCCGUGGAUCCAGAGUUGCGGUACAGUCUGCGCUGGAGUGCUGGACCUGCUGGUUCAAUGGGCGGGGUACUACAAUCGGGUACUAUUCACGUCCUGAAAGGCCAUGUCUUCCCACAGUGGAAACCUCGACAAGCUUAUAUUCAUGGAUCCAGAUUGCACACCUUAGGUGUACAGUGGGAUGUUCUAGAACUAAGCGGUGGGACAAUAGAGCUAUGUCAGCCAAAGGCUCAGAAGUUGGUGUUAUGCGUGAAGCCUAGUUGUCAUAGCAACAGUUUAAUUGAUACCGGAGUCAAUCACCUUUUCCUUGGUUUUAGCACAGUUUGGGAGAGAAACAUGUGGUUUUCAUGGCUGAAAGAGGGAACUCAGAGCACUCAACCACCGAGCAUUCUGGACCUGAGCGGUGGUGGUCGGACAUCACUAGAAGCGACGCUAUCCCGACAUGCGGGCGGCGAAUUUACGAUCCACGUGCUAAAGAUGCGAGGCAGCGCCCUGCCAGUGUUGCCUCAGCAGACUUGCAGUCUCACAGCUCUAACCCAUCUGGACAUCAGCGAUAAUAGGAUCUCUGAUUUACCACCCGAAAUAUGUCGUCUCACACAAUUAGAGGAGUUGCAUGUGAGCGACAACGAGCUAAAAUCGUUGGAUUGCGUGCUAAAGUUACCACGACUUCGUACUCUCGUCGCCGUCCGCAAUAUGAUCACGAGCUUUGAGAACAAUAACUCGCGGCAAAUGGGAACCGAGGAUGACAUUCGGUCACAGCAACGCGCGCCCCUCACUACAGUCGAUCUCAGGCACAACCGAUUGAAAGGGAGCAUAGUGCUUGGGAACUAUGAACAUUUAGUGACAUUGGAUAUAUCUCACAAUACUGUCGAAGUGCUGGUUCUAUCUGCUUUACGCGGUUUAAGAGAAUUGUAUGCAUCGCACAAUGCUCUGCAACAUUUGGCAUUGCACGGCGGUGCGUUAAGAAUACUACGAGCCCCGCAUAACCAAAUGGAGACGUUAACAACCAGCGUACCGCCGAUCAACUUAAUAGAAAUAAAUGUAUCACAUAACCGAUUAACGUCACUGCCGCAGUGGCUCAGCGGGUGUUCUGACCUUACGACCCUACAUGCCAGUAACAACUACCUCACCUCGCUACCGGAACAUUUGUUCUGUAGUGAACUCUCCAGCCUCAGUAACUUACAUCUCGCCCAUAACAAAAUAUCAAACAUACCCUCUAUGCCUCGCUUAAGGUCACCAUUAAAAAAACUACUACUACACGACAACUGCAUACAAACCUUGCCCGAGAACUUCUUUUCAGUGUGUGACAGAUUAAGUAUUCUAAAUUUAUCUAAUAACAGACUCAGUCGAUUACCCCGAGCAAGAGGACCGUCAUCGCAUUGCUUAGAGCGUCUCUAUCUAACAGCAAAUUGUCUCACAGAUGAUGUUGUGGACGUAAUAAUUGCAUUUCGAAGGUUAAAACUACUCCAUCUGGCGUACAACUGCUUAACUAGUUUACCUGAUAAUUCAUUCAACUUUUGGCUUGAGAUCGAGGAACUGGUGGUUUCCGGCAACUGUCUAACAAAACUUCCGGAUAAUUUACCACAGUUAAAUAACAUACGAGUAGUACGCGCACACUCAAACAGAUUACGAUCAGUACCUAUGUUUGCAUGCAGUGCAUCCGUUAAGAUAUUAGAUUUUGCUCACAAUGAACUUGACACUGUGGAUUUGAGGUUACUGGCUCCAAAGCAAUUAAAAUUCCUAGAUAUAUCCUGCAACAGAAAGCUGCAAGUGGAUCCUUCACAAUUUACAUCUUAUAGAUGUCAACGACCUUUAAGCUUAGUUGAUGUUACUGGAAGGAAAUCGUUGCCAUGGACCCAGAAAAGUGGGUAUCAUGAAGAACUAAAUGGACUUACGCCAUGGAGUACAGGAUUCUCUGAAUGUCCAAAUAAAUCAUUACAAUUAUCAUGUGCUCAAAUUCGUCUUCCAUCGUUUUGCAAUAAGGAAGGUCUCUUUGCGAUAAUUGAUGGGGAAAGUGAUACUGAAGUUCCAAGAAUUCUCCAGUCUAGCUUACCAGGCCUCCUUCUAGAAGAAAAAUCAAUCAAAGAAACUGUUAAUGAAUAUAUGAAAUACGUCGUGUUAUCAGCUCAUAGAGAAUUAAAAGAGAAAGGACAGAAAAAAGGAGCUUGUCUGAUUAUGUGUCACCUGUCACCAAUUACCCAACCUGAAAACGGAUUUGGAACAACAUUGAAAAGAUAUAAUAUGAGGCUUGCAAAUGUCGGCGAUACUCGUGCUGUGUUGAGCAGACGAAAUGGCCCUUUGAGUUUAGGUAUAGAAAACAAUAAGCGUUUAGGUUACUCUUCUCGCUAUCCAAAUACAGUACCUGAUCCAGACGUCAUCCAAACAAUCAUUAAAGAUGAUGACGAAUUUUUAAUUUUAGGAAAUGGAACAUUCUGGAAUGCCGUUAGUGUUGAAGCGGCGGUGUCAGAAGUACGCGCGGAGAGGAACCCUGUUCUAGCAGCAAAGCGGUUACAAGAUUUAGCCCAAAGUUAUGGAGUAGAAGACUGCAUAUCAAUUUUAAUAGUACGCUUUGAUACAAACGGUAGAUCUGAUGUAGAUCUAUUAAUGAGAGAAUUGAGACAAACAAUUACAACGAAUAAAACUGUAUGUAGGCCUGACUGUUGUUGUUCCAGAUUGGAGCCUUGUUGUCAUUCAAUAACUCCACCUAAACCUAGUAGCGAUCGGUCUUCGCCGAGCGGUCAAAGUGAUCUUCCGCCAAUGGAAAUUGUCAGUACUCAGCAUUACGCAAGUGUACGAUCACAGAAUAGGGCUUCUGAUCGCAAAAGCAGGGGCGGGGUCGCUCGAGCAAUAAGAGUUCGAGUGGAAGAAGAAAAAGAGGACGAACAAAGAAAGGAAGAAUCUCCAUCGUCCGAAGAACAAUUCAAAUGUUGGGAGUACAUGCUGGAACAAAAUACUCAAAUGAUAUUCGACAAGGAAUUGGAUAAUUUGUCUAAGGGGAUAAAAUCAAACGUUGGCACUCUUAAAAACAUAAAAGGAUUGUCAGGUAGUAGUCCGCAGUUACAUCUCACUGGUAAACAGUCGAAAGGUGUUCCGUUCCUUUCGAAACAUUUUGGUAGCGCUCGUUCAUUUGGCACGGCACUUAAACCUGAAUUCAGAUUCGGUUCCGGUCGAGUACCAAAUGGAGGACCGAAUGCUGCAUAUUUCGGUUCCCUACAAAGGCUGAUGCCUUACCACUUGGAAUACGAUUUUGCUGUGAUACAGGAAAAAGGAGCACAAUCACAAGAAUCUUUAGACUUAGAAGGUCGUAUGCAGCAAUAUUGGGGUGUGGCAACUACGGAACUGUAAAUAAAGAAAAUGUAUCAGAUUGUAAAUAAAAUUGUCAUAAAUUACCAUAAUAAUAUUUAUAUACCAUUUAUCUCUCGACUAGAUUUUUUUGCACAAAGUGUUAUAUUUUUGUGAACUUAUGAAUAAGCUUAAUAUCUAAGUAUAAUAUAUGUUUUAUUUACAACAUUGUGAUAG